CCGUAUAACACAUGCUACGAAAGAUGCAACCAUCUUUAACGUUACGUCGCGUUCAUUCGACGUCACUGCUGAGUCGAGAGGUGAAAGUGCACAGCAAUGGCCGCGGAGAACGGACUUGCUUCGUUGGGCGUGGACGGCGCUACGGCGGCCGCGCAUGCUCUGUCGCUGCCAGCAGAGGCAUAUGACAAUGAUCCUCAGCUGGAAAUCAUGUGGGCGAUGAAGGCAUACCAGCAUGCCGAAAUUUACUUCAAUCUCAUCUCUUCAGUGGAUCCAGUGUUUCUAAAACUUACUAAAGUUGACGACAAAAUUUAUACAGCUUUCAGAGAGACCUUUAGUGAACUAAAUAUUCAGGUUCUGGACCCCGAACAGCUGAAAUCGACAGAGGCUAAAGAGAAAUGGAGGCCAUUUUGCAAUCAGUUUGAUGGGGUUGUAGAAGACUUCAACUACGGAACAUUGCUUCGCCUUGAUUGUCAGAAGGACUACACAGAAGAAAACACCAUCUUUGCCACCCGGAUCCAGUUUUUCGCCAUUGAGAUCGCCAGGAACAGGGAGGGUUACAACACCGUAAUCUACAGCACUAAACAGCAAGCUAAAAAGGAUGAGAAGAAAUGAUGAAGCUCCCCUUUGAGUGGCCUCUUUACGCAUAUGUCAGGACCAUCUUUCAGAAAUGACCUUCCAUAUGUGUCUUCAAUUGGGGAUGUUGCUUGUUGUCUGGAUUUAUGUCUUGUUUCCUGUGGAAGUCAUAGGAAGCCACCUGAAGGAGGGGAAUCAAAUAACUUAUUGUGUGCUUGCAUGCUCCAUGACGAGCAUGUGUCCUACAUUCAAACUGCGAAGAAGAUUUAUGAUUUAGCCACAUUAGCUUGGCUGCACCCACUUAUUUAUGUGGUUACCAUGGCAUAAAUACCAAUAGCUACAGUUCAUUUUUUGACUGAUUCUACCCGUUUUAUAUGAAAAUGCAGCUGUUCAUAAAACAGUAUGUUCCUGGAAAGUGUGAACUAUCAUACACUGGCACUGUAACACACAUUUUCCACUGAGAAGUUAUAAGGGAUCGCUAAUGUUUUUUUUUUUUCUUUUUCACCUAUAACUUGGGGUCACAACCAUGUGGAAAACAUACAUCCCAUAAGCCGGACACAUUUGUCUCUAUUUUACAUCUUGCAAGGAGUUCAGUCGUCAUAAGAUGUUACUCCAUAACCAAUAAAUGCAAGUGUGGUAGACAUUGUUGUAUCUGGUAUACAAAGAUUCAAUGGUUUUGUUUAGAAUAAAAAUCCAGCGAAAACAGGAAGUGAAAUAUACAGAUCCAAUAAUCUGCA